ACCAGAGAAUGCAGACUAACAGCCCUCUCGGAGUCGGGAUUAUACAACUGGGUGCCUUGCCAGGCAGCCAUGGGCCAGGACUAUUACUCCGUGCUUGAGGUCACUCGCAAUUCAGAGGAUGCCGAGAUCAAGAAAGCGUACCGGAAACUGGCCCUGAAGAACCACCCGCUCAAGUCCAGCGAGCCAUCUGCAGCAGAGACAUUCAGGCAAAUAGCAGAGGCCUAUGAUGUGCUGAGCGACCCUGUGAAGAGAGGCAUCUAUGACAAGUUUGGAGAAGAGGGCCUGAAGGGCGGGAUUCCCCUGGAGUAUGGAGCCCAGACCCCAUGGACCACUGGUUAUGUCUUCCACGGCAACCCUGAAAAGGUUUUCCAUGAUUUCUUCGGAGGAGACAACCCCUUUGGUGAGUUUUUUGAUGAAGAAGGAAAUGAGGUAGAUUUGAACUUUGGGGGGCUCCGGGGCCGGGGAGUCAAGAAACAGGACCCCCCAAUUGAACGAGACCUCUACCUAUCCCUGGAGGACUUAUUCUUCGGCUGCACCAAGAAAAUUAAGAUCUCCCGAAGGGUGCUGAACGAGGAUGGGUACUCCUCUACCAUCAAGGACAAGAUUCUCACAAUUGAUGUGAAACCUGGUUGGAGGCAGGGCACACGGAUCACCUUUGAGAAGGAAGGGGACCAGGGCCCCAACAUUAUCCCAGCCGACAUCAUCUUCAUCGUAAAGGAGAAGCUACACCCUCGCUUCCGCAGGGAGAACGACAACCUCUUUUUUGUGAACCCCAUUCCCUUGGGCAAGGCCCUGACCUGCUGCACUGUGGAGGUGAAGACCCUAGACGAUCGUCUGCUCAACAUCCCCAUCAAUGAUAUUGUCCAUCCCAAGUAUUUCAAGAAGGUGUCAGGCGAGGGGAUGCCGCUGCCCGAGGACCCCACUAAGAAGGGAGAUCUCUUCAUCUUCUUCGACAUCCAGUUCCCCACCCGCCUCACACCCCAAAAGAAACAGAUGCUGCGCCAGGCAUUGCUGACAUAACUCUUGUGGACUGGAGGCUGGUGCGUGGGGGAGGCUAGCUGGGCCUUUAGCCCACCCCGGCCUCAGGAUGUGCAGGGGAGCCAGCCCACAGCAUAGAUGGGAGGUGAGGAUGGGAUGGCAAGGGACUUUUAAACUGACACAAUAAAGAUUUAUUUCCUACCUA